AUGGAGCCUACCAAUGGAACUACAGUCCAGGAAUUCAUUUUGCUAGGCUUGGAGGACGGGAAGCAAAAACGGUUCUUCCUCCUUAUCCUUUUUACUAUUGUCUACAUAAGCACUUUGGCUGAGAAUGCCAUUAUUAUCAUGCUGGUGCAUGUAGAUGCACAAUUAGCACAGCUCCCCAUGUAUAACUUUUUGGGAAACUUCUCCCUGCUGGAGAUCUGCUAUGUGACCACCACCAUGCCCCGUAUGCUCUUUGAUCUAGCUUCUCCUCAAGGGAUCAUCUCCUUCCAAGCCUGUUUCAUACAGUUUUACCUUUUCUACUCACUUGGUAGCACUGAAGACUUCUUUCUCUCAGCCAUGGCCUUGGAUCGCUAUCUGGCCAUCUGCCACCCACUCUAUUAUCCAUUAAUUAUGUCUCCAAAGAACUGCUCCAAGCUUGUGGCUAGUUGCUGGAUGGUUGGCUUUUUGGUAUAUGCUGUGCCAAUAAUUUUGAUCUCUAGGCUGUCUUUCUGUGGCCCCAAUGUCUCUGACCAUUUUCUGUGUGAUCAAGCCAUUCUAUCCUUAGCUUGCCCUCCAUUUGGAAAUACUCUGCGUAUCCUUUUUUUCAUGAAUAUUUUCAUCAUCUUAGGCAACCUAAUCUUUGUAACUAUUUCCUAUGGCGUUAUAAUUGUCACACUGAUCAAAUCCUCUAACCAAAGUAGCAGGAAGAAAGCCUUCUCCACCAUAUCCUUUCACCUCAUGGUGGUGACCCUUUUCUAUGGUUCUGUGGCAGGAAUGUAUGUAACUCCAAGUGGAGAUGGCCAGUCAUGGGUCACUAAAAUCGUCACUGUCUUCUUCACUGCCGUUACGCCCUUUCUCAAUCCCAUGAUCUAUUGUCUGAGGAACAAUCAGAUGAAGGAGGCCCUGGACAGGUUGCUGAGAAGGAUGGAGGGAUGGCUGAGGAAAAACAUCACAUCGUGA